AUGGCCGCAGACAUAGAAGCAGCGAAGAAAGCGGCGGCCAUAGAGGCAGUGCGCAACCACUUCCCCGAGAACCCGCGAUUCGUCGGCAUCGGUUCAGGCACGACGAUUGUCUACGUGGUGGAAGCUAUCAAGAACAGCGGGGCCGACGUUUCAAGAGUAGGCUUCGUGCCGACGGGGUACCAAUCCAAGCAACUCAUUAUAAACGCCGGGCUGGUCCCGAUCGAGUUCGACGCUUUACCCGACAGUGUCAUGAUUGACGUGGCAUUCGACGGCGCUGAUGAAGUGGACGAAGACCUCAACUGCAUCAAGGGAGGAGGCGCAUGUCUAUAUCAGGAGAAGCUCGUUGCGAUGCGUGCAAAAUCCUUCAUUUGUGUUGCAGACUAUCGCAAACUUCAAAGCCGUUUGGUGACCAAGUGGCCCACCAUUCCCAUCGAGGUGGAACCAAAGGCAGCCAGACAAGUCAUUCAACGUUUGCGCAUGCUGGGGAGUCGAAGCCCGAGCGGUGCCGCCCCCAUGAUCCGAGAAGGCCACAUGGCCAAGGCCGGUCCCAUCAAGACCGAUCAGGAUUUCUUCAUCGUCGACGCACCAUUUCCUCACCCUCUUAUGAUUUCUUCCGACUGCACACCAGAGAAGCUGGGCAAUGGCGAGCACGGCUAUUGGGAGGUCGAGCAACUCGCCAAAGCCAUCAAGGAAAUCAACGGUGUGCUGGCCGUCGGUCUCUUCUGUGGUCCGACUGGCCCCGAGGCCUUGGCGGCUCAGGUCAUAGGAGGUCAGAGACCCGUCGCCUGCUACUUUGGCAUGGCCGAUGGCACUGUUUCCCUGCGUCGAGCUCGGGAGAAGCGGCCGUCCAUUAUCGCCAAAUAUCCCCCAUUGAUACCCGUCCGUGCAACCGAAGAUUAG